AUGUAUGUAUAUGUGUGUGUGUGUAUGUAUAUGUGUGUAUAUAUAAAUAAAUAAAAUUUAGACGCUCGCACACAGAUCUUUAUAGCUAUAGAUGGCAGUUAAAUGCCUGUUAGCUUGUUUCAGCUGUUUGUCUAUAUCUGUGUAAGGAGGACAUUGUGAGACAAUGAAAAACUGGAGUCAAAUUCUUUGCAUGUGUACACCUACCAACACCUUUUUUAAAGCUCACUAAUCACCACGUUAGAUCCCGUUUGUUUAAUCCGUUCUAAAACCAAAGUGUCCCAGGUCACUGUUUUAUCGGGGGUUACGUACCACCCUGUUUCUUGGCUGGGACCAGGUACCAGCCAGGCACCGUGUUUUCCUCUCAGCAAUACGUCGAAGGCUGUGACAGUGCGUCCAAGCUGCGGUCUUGUGCUGCGGUUCUAAAGAUUUUACUCUUUGCUUUCGCUGCAGGACGCCAUUUGCACUUUGAACACACUACAGACCAAUGCCAGUGCUCUGGAGCAGGUACGGAGAGAGCGGAGCCACCCUCAGCUGCAGCUCCAGGCCAUGAGAGGCUUCCUGGAACGAGCCGGCCUCACAGUGGAGGAGCUAGAGCAUCUCAAUAUCAUUCAUGUGACGGGAACAAAGGGCAAGGGGUCAACAUGUGCGUUCACUGAGCAGAUUUUAAGAAGUUAUGGCUUCCGCACAGGAUUUUACAGUUCCCCACAUCUGGUACAAGUCAGAGAGAGGAUCCGAAUCAACGGACAGCCCAUUGGAAAAGAGCUCUUCACUAAAUACUUUUGGCAUGUUUAUGGACGACUGGAUGAAACUAAGGACGCGCAUGGAGGGACGAUGCCUGCAUACUUCCGUUUCCUCACCAUCUUGGCCUUCCAUGUGUUUCUUCAGGAGAAGGUUGAUUUGGCUGUAAUUGAAGUAGGGAUUGGUGGUGCAUAUGACUGCACCAACAUUAUAAGGAGGCCGUGGGUGUGUGGUAUCUCCUCUCUGGGUAUAGACCACACUCAGAUUCUUGGAGACACCAUUGAAAAGAUCGCCUGGCAAAAAGGAGGCAUCUUCAAGCAAGGGGUUCCUGCCUUUACAGUCAAACAGCCAGAAGAUGCAAUGGUUAUGCUCAGGAGCAGGGCCAAAGAGAUGAGAUGUCCUCUGUGGGUGUGUCCAGAGCUGGAGGACUACCAGGCAGAUUGUGGACCUUUGCGUCUGGGCCUGGCAGGACAGCACCAGCGGUCCAACGCCUCCCUAGCCCUCCAGCUGAGUCACACUUGGCUGCAGAAGAGAUGUCUACCAGGGCUUGAGGCUGUCUCAGUUUCCACAUCACCCUGUCCUGGCUCAACAGAUAAGAGCUUUCCCUCCACCAGUGUUGAGAACACAGCGGGACGUCAGGUGGCUUCCUUCAAGCUCAGCCCCAUCAUGAUAAAAGGGCUGGCAGACACGGAGUGGCCUGGAAGGAACCAGACUCUGAAACACGGAGCAGUCACCUACUUCUUGGAUGGAGCUCACACCAUGCGCAGCAUGCAGGCCUGUGUCCACUGGUUCAGAGAGACUGCAGCCAAGCAUGAAAGGAACUCAAGUGGACCUGUGGCCAGAGUUUUGCUGUUCAAUGCCACAGGAGAGAGAGACUCAGCAGCCAUGCUGAAACUACUGGUGCCGUGUCAUUUUGAUUUUGCUGUGUUCUGCCCAAACAUCACUGAAGCCAUCGCUUCUUGCAAUGCAGGAUUUCCUGAUGAAGAACCAGCUUUGGCGGCCGUCGGUGAGCACAGGUUUUGGUCUCCUUACAGGCACAAUGGAACCAACACUGGCAACCUGAGUGUGAUGACAAACUUCAGCAGGCACAGUCACUGCACCCGACUAUUGUUCGACCAGCAGAACUUCAACGUCUCGGUGGAGAACAUGUUGACUCGCUGCCUGGACAAUGAGAGAAGCUGGCAUCUCCACAACGGCAUGGGCAAUACCAAAGGUACUCAGCUGCUCAUUGAGGACAGCCUGGUCCCUGAAAAGAAGGCCGACACCCUGGUCUUUCCCUGCAUCCUCAGCGCCCUCCAGUGGAUCACCCAGGGCAGGGAUUCGGUGCUGGCAGACUCAGCCAAGAGAGACUUGCCAGUUAAACCCAGCGUCAUGGCCAAAGCUGCUCCGCUCUGCGAUGCGGCCGAGAUCCACAUCCUCAUAACCGGAAGCCUCCACCUAGUAGGAGGAGUCCUCAAACACCUCGACACAGCUUCCUCUAAGUAAACGGACCAUGUGAAAUUCAAACAGUUUAGAUAACGGCACGCACUGCCAACAUGCACGUUUACCUUUGUGGAAGAAAAAUGAUUUCUGUCUGUAUCGAUGAGUUUUUUUUACAUACUAGCUCAUGGACAGUGACUUCAGGCAUGUAGCUGAAAGGGAUUAGCGCUACCCAGGUAUUGUAGCUGACGCUAGGAGCCCCCAAAUUCAGACCAAGGCAGCUUCAGUCCUCACUACAGCCCAGCUUCACCCAGAGCCUUACAGACGACCGCACAAACGUGUGGAGCUCACAUCUCUAGUCUUACUUGAAGCCAAAUAUGUUUACAUGCAAAGGGUACCUUCAUGUCCACCACAAUGUGAGCUGAGUUGGCUAAACCGGAACGAUGUCUGUGCUUCAGUCAUCCCCGGUGUGGUCACGUUUUAUAAUAUUACAUUAAUUGCACCAAAAAGUGCUUCAUCUAGUUGAGUUUUUUGUUUUUUUACUCUUGGCUAUUACCUUUCACUCUUUUUUUAUUUUAUUUUUCUGAAAACCAUUUGACAUGGUUUCUACUCUUAUUGUGUUGUUUCAUACACAUGGCCUACACAUUUCCUUUAGUGGAGGUGUACAUAUUCUGUAUGUGUGUGUUUGCACCAGAUGGAUUCAUGUAACAAACUCGAUUCAGUUUAAUCUGUUUUACACUGGAAUGAUUUAACUGACCCCUCAUUUGCAUUAUCUGACUGUCCUACAUACAAUUAUUGUAUAAUUUUGAAAUAUAUUGAAACUGUAUAAAAUACUGGGUCUAAUAUGUACUAAUUUAUUAGGGUCUUAAUGUUGUCAUGGUGAUCCAUCCAGUGAAGCUCACAGAGGUCAUCAGCUGGACAGGAAGUUCAUUCACAUCUAUCCACCCUGUAACCUCAAAUGACUUUUCAAUUCACUUUCAAAUCAAGACAUGAAAUAAAUGCACUUAAAUGGAACUUGUCACUUGUAAGUAGUGAAGAUGAAAUCUGCUCACAUCUUUAAAAUGAGUCAAUUAAGAAAUAUAGAUAUAUGGAAAUUGUCCCUCAUUAUUUCUUGUUCUCUCCUUCGUGAACCUAAUAUGUUUUAUGAUUAAAGACA